AUGGAAUACAAACCAUACUGCGCUCGCACUUCUGAAGACUUGAGAAUCGCGUCGAAGCAACAUGGGGACAAAAGUGUCAUCUGGCAACUCGACCGCGACGACCUUGUUAGCUCGGCGAGCCGAUGGAACCUACGCCACACCAUCGCUUACCGGCUGCUCGUCCAGCCCGAAGCCGUCUUUCUACCGAUACUCGCAACUGAUCAUGCUUUACGAUGCCCCAUUUGCAGUGCUGAGGACAGGCCUCUGACCCAAAAGCUCAACCCUAUAGGGACCCAGAACCUCACAGGAGAGAACCCUCGUGAUCUCAGGAUGAUGACCGAAAGCGACCUCAUGCGCCUGCCGGAAGGGUUUUUCUGGGCUGCGCUGGCGCGAGCGAUCAGACCCGAGAUCACCGACGAGGACAGGGUAUAUCCCCAACGGGAGAGAAGGCCGGUUCGGCGAGAGGGCUACAUGAACUCGGCGAUGGCGAUAGUCGGUUCAUCCUCGCCGCCGCUGCCGCCAUCCUCGUCCGAGUUUGAGGUCGAGGUGGAAGGAUUGGACCAGGACGAGCACGAAGAUCGGCGUAGUAAGCCCGAAGAAGUGACAGUUCACCUGGUUACCGCUUUCUUGCAGUUUGCAUUGAACCUUUGCUUUUGCCAGCAUACCAUCGGCAUAAUCACUGAUUCUGAGGUGCGAACUCGGGUUGAGCGGAGGAAAACAAAAACCUUCAUCAGCGGAAUGAUCCCGGUCGCGGCUGAGGAUGACGGUGCAUCUGUCAGCUGCGUCGCCGGACGCUGGGGUGGGAGAUGA